UGUGAAUGAAAAGUAAUAAUAAUAAUAAUAAUAAUAGUAAUCUGAAAAAGAAAACAGAUCGCCGAUCCGCUAAUGUUAUUGCAUCUUUCUUUUUCUCACAACACUUUUCCUAUACGAUUUCAUUCAUCCUCAAUUUCCUUUUGGAUUUCGCUCAUCGGUUGAUUGAUUGCCAUGGAUUCGAGUUCUGCCCCGCAAGAAUUCGAUUAUUUGUUCAAGUUAUUGAUGAUUGGUGAUUCUGGGGUUGGGAAAAGCAGUCUUCUUCUCUCUUUCACCUCCGAUGAAUUUCAGGAUAUGUCCCCCACAAUUGGUGUUGAUUUUAAGGUCAAAUAUGUCGCCAUAGGGGGUAAAAAGCUGAAGCUCGCCAUUUGGGAUACUGCUGGCCAAGAGAGAUUUAGAACACUUACAAGCUCUUACUAUAGAGGGGCACAAGGAAUCAUCAUGGUUUAUGAUGUAACCCGACGAGAUACAUUUACAAAUCUUUCUGAAAUAUGGGCAAAGGAAAUAGAUCUUUAUUCAACAAAUCAAGACUGCAUCAAGAUGCUUGUUGGAAACAAAGUAGACAAGGAGAGUGAUAGGGUUGUGAGUAAGAAAGAGGGAAUAGACUUUGCCAGGGAAUAUGGUUGUCUAUUUAUCGAAUGCAGUGCUAAAACUCGAGUUAACGUACAGCAGUGCUUUGAAGAACUUGUUUUGAAGAUUUUGGAUACACCCAGCCUCUUAGCUGAAGGCUCUAAGGGGGUGAAAAAGAACAUUUUUAAGGACAAGCAGCCUCAGGCCGAUGCAUCCACAAGUAGUUGCUGCUGAUUUUUAGAAGCUAUUUCACUGCAUUUAAAGAGUUAAGAUCUUCAAGAGAAGGGGGUUGCCUCCAUUUCCAUAAUCUGAUUUCUAACAUAUUUCGCUGGUUUUUAGCAUCAGAGAAGCCAUUUUUUAUCUUUCAGGUUCCUGUUUUGUCUUUAAUAUUAGAUGUAAUAUAAUGUUGACGGUUGACUUCGUCUGCAUUUUCAUGGGACUUCUUGUAUGUCUGAGUUACCUUUAACUUACUACGAUGACAUAGUAUGAUCCAGAUGGCCGCUGCCAUUAAUGAAAUAACGUUGUUCUUGUUUUGUUCUA